UCGCAACUUUUCUCCAUCCAUACUCAUCCACUUCUUGAACCGUGCCUUAACUAAACUAGAGCUAGAAUUAGAGUUAGCUACCUUGCCUAAUUCACAAACGCGUCCCUCUACGGCUCUACCUAUUAGCUAUCUUUUUUGUGCUGUGAUUGAAAUUAAUUUGUGAUAGCUCACCAUGGCCAUUGCUACUUGUGAUCAUGAUAAGAACGCAAAGGCUUUGCAGUUCAUUGAGGAUAUGACCCAAAACACUGAAAGUGUCCAAGAGAGGGUCCUUGCUGAGAUUCUCAGCCAAAACUCCCAGACCGAAUACCUGAAACGGUUUGAGCUGAAUGGAGCCACAGACCGCGACACUUUCAAGUCAAAGGUUCCUGUCGUUUCCUAUGAUGAUUUGAAGCAUGAUAUCCAUCGCAUUGCUAAUGGUGACCGCUCUCCUAUUUUAUGCGCUCACCCAAUCUCCGAGUUUCUCACCAGUUCUGGAACAUCUGCUGGGGAGAGAAAAUUGAUGCCAACCAUUCGUCAAGAGAUGGACCGUCGUCAAUUAAUUUUCAGCCUUCCCAUGCCAGUGAUGAAUCAAUACGUGACUGAUAUGGACAAGGGUAAGGCUCUCAUCUUCCUGUUCACCAAAGCCGAGCAGAAAACUCCGAGUGGCUUAGUGGCACGUCCAGUGUCGGCUAGCAUGUACAAGAGCGACCAGUUCAAAAACAGACCCUACGACCCAUACAACGUGUACACAAGCCCAGACGAAGCAAUCCUCUGCCCCGAUUCCUUCCAAAGCAUGUACACCCAAAUGCUAUGCGGCCUCAUCAUGCGCCAUCAAGUCCUCAGAGUUGGUGCAAAUUUCGCCUCCGGCCUUCUCCGAUCCAUCCACUUGCUCCAGCUCAAUUGGGCCCAACUAUCCCACGACAUCUCCACCGGAACCCUAAACCCCAAAAUCACUGACCCUGCCAUCAAACAACGCAUGACCCAAAUCCUCAAACCCGACCCAGAACUUGCUGAAUUCAUUGUGAAAGAAUGCUCAGGAGAAAACUGGGAACGCAUAAUCCCCAGAAUCUGGCCAAACACCAAGUAUGUAGAGGUGGUUGUGACCGGUGCCAUGGCGCAGUAUGUUCCAACUCUUGAUUAUUACAGCGGAGGCCUACCUCUCGCUUCCAACAUAUACGGAUCCUCCGAGUGCUUCUUUGGGAUUAACCUCAACCCAUUUUGCAACCCCUCUGACGUGUCAUACACCAUCAUGCCAAACAUGGGUUACUUCGAGUUCUUGCCUCAGGAUCACGAUGAUGAUGCUUCUUCGUCUUCAGGUUCCAGUUUCACUCUGUCGCGUUUAAUCGACCUUGAUGAUGUUGAACUCGGAAAAUCCUACGAAAUUGUUGUGACCACGUACUCCGGUUUAUGCCGUUACCGUGUGGGCGACAUUCUCCGAGUGACGGGCUUCCACAACACCGCCCCGCAGUUCAGCUUCGUGAGGAGAAAAAACGUGUUGCUGAGCAUCGACUCGGACAAAACGGACGAAGCGGAGUUACAAAACGCCGUGGAGAAGGCCUCCGUGCUGUUGAAGGAGUUCAAGACGAGCGUGGUGGAGUACACGAGCUUUGCGGACACGAAGUCGAUCCCGGGGCAUUACGUGAUUUACUGGGAGCUCUUGAUGAAGGACUCUUCCAACGCUCCAACUACUGAAGCGUUGGAGCAGUGUUGUUUAACAAUGGAAGAAUCGCUGAACGCCGUUUAUCGACAAGGUAGGGUUGCGGACCAUUCUAUUGGACCGUUAGAGAUUCGUGUGGUGAAGAAUGGAACCUUUGAGGAGCUUAUGGACUACGCUAUCUCACGUGGCGCGUCUAUUAGCCAGUACAAGGUUCCACGGUGCGUGACCUUCACGCCCAUAACGGAGUUGCUCGACUCUAGGGUUGAGUCCGUUCAUUUUAGCCCCUCUGAACCACACUGGACCCCGGAACGACGUCGUUGAAGGGUAACUACACAUACCUGCGUGAAGUCAUGCGCUCAAUAAUUAAAAUAAAGAGAUUGAAAGGAAUGUGCCUUUUCAUUUUGGCCGUGCCUUUUUAAAGUUUAUGUGUUAUGUUUUAGAUUUGUGUCUCUGAAAAAUAUGGUCAAAAGGAAUUGUCCUAGACAUCUUUGUCUAUCCUAUGUAGGAAACCAUCAUGUGCACACGUUUAAUUAGUCGAUCUAUUUAUAAUGUUAAUACAUUAUAAUUUUAAUAUCCUUCACGUGCAUGUAACUUUCAUGGGGCCAAAAGUCUGAGAAACGGUUGUCUUUUC